UAAAUUCAAUCUCUCAAUUCGCAAAACCCUUUUGGCUUUUAUAUUUUUUACACGCCAAUCGAUUUUGCCAUAACAUUUUUGUACAUAUAUCACCAGUUUACAAUUCUAGGGUUUUUUUCCUUAGCGGCUAAUUCAUCAAUUAAUAACUAAUUUGUAAAUUUAAUUUAGGCUCUUUCAUCUAUUUUCCCUCUAGGAAUUUAAUCUAAUCUGAGUUUGUAAUGAAUAGUAAUAGUAAUAAUUAUGCACGUGGUGGCGGUAGGUAUCCGCCGGGAAUUGGCCGAGGCGGCCAGGGAAACCCUAACCCUAAUUUUCAACAACAACAAAAGAAUUACGCACAGCAACCACAGUAUGCACAAAGGAAUCCUGUGCAGUUUCAACAGCAGCAGCAGUGGCUGAGAAGAAACCCGGUGGGAAACGAUUCAAAUGCGGUCGCCGAGAAAACCAUACAACAGUCAGAAGCUACUGAUUCUAGGUCCCAAGAUUGGAAGGCACAAUUGAGGCUUCCACCAGCUGACACUCGAUACAGGACUGAAGAUGUGACAGCCACAAAAGGGAAUGAGUUUGAAGAUUAUUUUCUAAAGCGUGAGUUGCUUAUGGGGAUAUAUGAAAAGGGAUUUGAGAGGCCAUCUCCAAUUCAAGAGGAAAGCAUCCCAAUUGCUCUCACAGGAAGCGAUAUUCUCGCAAGAGCUAAAAAUGGAACUGGAAAAACUGCUGCUUUCUGUAUUCCUGCUUUAGAAAAAAUUGAUGUCGACAACAAUGUUAUUCAAGUUGUUAUACUUGUUCCAACUCGAGAAUUGGCUCUUCAGACAUCACAAGUCUGCAAAGAACUUGGAAAACACCUAAACAUUCAAGUCAUGGUUACCACCGGCGGAACAAGUUUAAAAGAUGAUAUCAUGCGAUUGUAUCAACCAGUUCAUUUGUUAGUUGGUACUCCCGGAAGAAUAUUAGAUCUUGCAAAGAAGGGAAUCUGCGAUUUGAAAAAUUGUGCAAUGAUUGUCAUGGAUGAGGCUGAUAAGCUCUUGUCACCUGAGUUCCAGCCAUCAGUAGAGCAGCUGAUUCACUUCAUGCCUACCAAUCGUCAAAUAUUGAUGUUUUCAGCAACAUUUCCUGUUACCGUUAAAGAAUUCAAAGAUAGAUUUCUGCAGAAGCCGUAUGUUAUUAACCUCAUGGAUGAGCUUACACUUAAGGGAAUAACACAGUUCUAUGCAUUUGUUGAAGAAAGGCAGAAAGUUCACUGCCUCAACACUCUUUUCUCAAAGCUCCAAAUCAAUCAAUCAAUCAUUUUCUGCAAUUCUGUAAAUCGAGUUGAACUACUGGCUAAGAAAAUUACUGAGCUUGGUUACUCUUGCUUCUACAUUCAUGCAAAAAUGCUCCAAGAUCAUCGUAACAGAGUAUUUCAUGAUUUUCGUAAUGGUGCUUGCAGGAAUCUUGUCUGCACGGAUUUAUUCACGAGGGGUAUUGAUAUUCAAGCAGUAAAUGUUGUUAUAAAUUUCGACUUCCCAAAAAACUCAGAAACAUAUCUGCACAGGGUUGGUCGAUCUGGGAGAUUUGGACACCUUGGGUUAGCCGUGAAUCUGAUCACAUAUGAAGAUCGCUUUAAUCUGUACAGGAUUGAACAAGAACUUGGUACUGAGAUUAAGCAAAUUCCUCCAUUCAUUGAUCAGGCUAUUUAUUGUCGUUGAUUGGACUACCUAACCAGGGCCACUUGGAAGACGCUUGGUUAUAGUUACUGAAUUGGAGUUGUAGCCGUCAACUGUUAUAGAUACAGUCUCUGAAACUUCGAAGACAACGCUUUGAUUUUGGAAGAACAGAGCUAUUUUGUGAUGGAAAGUUUAGGAGUCAUUUCUUUAAAAGAUAUUGGAAGUUUUCUAUUUCGAACCAUGUUGAUAACCAAGAAGUGCAUCACUAAAAGAUAUGAUGCUUUGUGUUUGUGGGGACCGGGAAAGGAGUCUGGCAUGCUUUUAGAUAAUCAAGUAGUUGUUUUGAUGACUUCUUCAUUUUUUUAGGGUGUAGUUUCAUCCAGUUGUUUUCCAGUCUUUUAUUGUUCACCCCUGGCCAAAUUCGAGUUCUGUCUUGACAAGGUUUUGCCUGAGGUGCAAGUCAAUUCUGAGUUCUCUUAGCUUGAAGAUCUUCGCCAGAUAGAAAAUGCUGUCACUUAUUGUUUUUCGUCGAGUUGGCAGAGUGAGUUACCUGGAUAGCUAAAUACAUGUGAUGUGUUUGUUUCGUCAAAUUGGGUCGAGCAGGUUGGCUUGAAACAUUCUAAAUACUAGGUGAUGUUUGGUUCGUGAGUAAGUUUGGAAUUGAUCUGUUAAAAUAAAAUGAGACUGAAUUUAUGGUUUGUUUGAA